AUGGCUCGGUCACAAGUCUUUUUUGAUAUCAGCAUCGCGGAAAGGCCUGUUGGACGCAUUGUCUUUGAGCUCUACAACGAUUAUGUCCCAAGAACUGCCGAAAAUUUCCGUGCUCUCUGUACUGGAGAAAAGGGUAGAGGAGAGAAAGGAAUGCCUCUUCAUUAUAAGGGAUUACGUUUCACUCGUGCCAUCCCUAACUUUAUGAUCCAAGGGGGAGAUGUAACUCGCGACAACGGAGAAGGAGGAGAUUCAAUCUAUGGAGAGAGAUUUGACGAUGAAAGCUUUGCUCUACGCCAUACUGGACCAGGGAUUCUCACUAUGGCUAGUGCCGGACCAAACACGAACGGAUCCCAGUUCAUCAUUACAACUGCAGAAGCAUCAUUUCUUGAUGGUAAGCAUGUUGUAUUUGGAAGGGUUAUAAGUGGAAUGGGUGUGGUCAUGGAAAUCGUAGAACGAGGAAGUCUAUCAGGAGAGCUGACAGAACGUGUCAUUAUCGCUGACUGUGGAGAGCUGUAA